AUGGAUGUAGUCAACCAGUUGGUCGCCACUGGGCAGUUCACUGUCAUCAAACAGCCUUUAGGAUUCAUAAAGAUCCUACAAUGGUUUUUCGCCAUCUUUGCUUUCUCCACCUGUGGCUCUUACUCUGGCAUCUUCCGCUUGAGUGUGGAGUGUAAAAACCGCUCGGAAAGUGACCUGGACAUCGAUGUUGAGUUCGAUUACCCAUUCAGACUCCAUCAAGUGUGGUUUGACGUGCCCACAUGUAAAGGUGCCGAGCCGGAGCGGCUGUUCCUCGAAGGUGACUACUCUUCCUCAGCUGAGUUCUUCGUCACUAUUGGUGUUUUCUCCUUCCUUUACUCUAUGGCAGCUCUGUCUGUCUACAUAUUCCUGCUCGAGAAAUACCGCGAGGGAAACCGUGGCGCACAGGCCGAUUUUGUGGUGACAGCUAUUUUCACCUUCUUUUGGUUGGUGAGCUCAGCAGCAUGGGCUAAAGGCCUCUCAGAUGUUAAGGAAGCCACCGACCCUGAUGAGGUCAUCAAGCUCAUACCAGCCUGUCGGCAUGAGGAGAACCGCUGCAAAGAAGUGCAUGAGCCCAUUGUGUCUGGCCUAAACACGUCUGUGGCAUUUGGGUUCUGUAACCUGGUGCUAUGGGCAGGGAACCUCUGGUUUGUGUUUAAGGAGACUGGCUGGCUUGGUGCUGUUGCUGGCACCUACGUGCCCUCGGAAGGAAAACAGCCAGCACCAGACUCUUAUGGCCAGGCGGGUUAUGGUCAGGACCCUUAUGCUGGCUCUCAGGGUGGAUAUCAGCCCGACUACGGGCAACAAGCAGGCGGAUACGAGGGAGGAAGCUACAACCAGGGAGGGUAUGAUCAGGGUGGACCGACCUCCUUCUCGAAUGAAAUAUGAGUAAAUUCACACAACAGAGCAGCUCUGUGCAGAGCACAUGAGAGGCCGGUUACAUAAGCAAGGAGAAAGGAGCCUGCCUAUUACCCAUGAUCCCACACU